CAUAAGGUGAAGGUUGUUGUUGGGGAAAGUUUCAGACAUAUCUCAUACAAGUUCUCUACUUCUUCAUGGAAGUACAAAAUUCUCGUGAAUUUCAGUGAGGGAAUUUCCCUUGAACAAAAUUUCAGGGGAAAAAUGGCAUCCUGUGCCUGCACUGACGUCACUGUGUCAGUGCUUGUGAGCAGUGAGUACGGAUCUUACAAAUAAACAUGACAGUAUCCGUCACAAAUUAUUCCCGUGUAAACGUACAAAAAUGAUUAUUAAACGCGGACAGAUUUUCUACAGUUUUAUUAGUGUUAGACUACAUUUAUCGUGACAGUAUUUGCAGACUAAGCUUAUGAAUUCGUUGCUCUCGGAACGCUUCUCAUUUUCCCGAGAACAGUACAUGUCUGUUUCUGUAUAUACAUUACAGCACAACGAUAGCGGGACACACAAAGGAGCUCCACAGCGCCACCUGCGGCUGAGUCGCGCUUAAUCUCUGCGUCACGGGCACUUCGUUCCUGAAGAUUCAAGAUGGCGACGCCCAUGCACAGAAUUAUCGCUCGCAGGCAGGCGGAAGCGAACAAGCAGCAUGUUCGAUGUCAGAAGUGCCUGGAGUUCGGCCAUUGGACCUACGAGUGCAAGGGCAAGAGGAAAUACCUGCACCGGCCCUCCAGGACCACAGAGUUGAAGAAGAAACUCAAAGAAAACGAGACCAAACUGACUCUCAUCCCAGAAUCAGGAACAGAUGGCUCAAGUGAGAAGGUGAAAAAGAAGAGAUUAAAGGAGUCGGGCGGUUCAACCAGCGGCAGUAGUGAUUCUGACAGCUCAUCGAGUGAUUCGAGCUCCGACAGCAGCAGCGACUCAAGCUCGUCGGACAGCAGUGAUAGCAGCAGUGACAGUGAAGACAGCUCCAGCUCCGCCUCUUCCUCCUCCUCCUCCUCCAGCAGCUCUGACUCAGACUCCGACUCCUCUGCUAGCAGCAGUAGUUCUAAUGAGGGCCCUCCGAAAAAGAAGAGAAAGAAGAAAUGAACAGCAAUGCCAAGACAUUUAAGGACCACAGUUCUAGCUUUGUUGUGACACCUGAGCUGGAUUAGGAUUUGUCUUUCUCUUCUGUUAUCAUGUGUACUGUGUUUAAUGGGCUGUGGCAUUUCGGUGUCGAGUGGCGAAGGCCAUUUAGAUGUUGAAGUAUCCUAAGGAUAUUGGACUUAUUCUUAAAAGUGAGCCUGUUUUUUUUUUUUUUUUUUGAAUGUUCAUGAAAACCUUUAUAUUCUGAGUAGUUACAUCAAGAUCUCAGUGAAACUAUUACUCUAACUGCAAACCAACAUUAGGUAUACAUACUUGAAAGCCCAGACCAGACCUUGUUCUUUGGCCUCUGAGACAAAUUCAAGAAAGAUCAAACAAGAUUAACAUGCUAAGAUGUAAAAUAAAUGAGUUCAGAUUUUUUGAUGUAAUUUAGGGAAGUAUUUUUAGUCCAUUUUUCCCUUUGUAGUUGGCAUUUAAAAAUUCAGUUUUUAUCUAUACUAAAUUGAUCAAAAUGUGUUUACCAUUUUAUAGUUAUUUUCCUGAACAUGUUUUUGAUAAAUGUCUUAUUUUUAUAACACAAAAUAAAA